GCAAGUCUGACACAACGUCCGAGAUCGUCAUCUCUGCUGCAUGCCCAUAAAGAUAGAGCACAGCUUGACACCGACUGCCUACCCCGUCCAACCGCUGCUGUCCUAGCAUUCUCGGAGAUUUACCAAGUGAACGCGAACGCGUCUGCAGUGCAGCGGCGACUCUCCAUGACUUGCGGAAAGCGUGUUCGUCUCCCCCAGAACUGCAGGUACAGACAAGCCUGAUACUAAAACGCAACGUCAAGUAUGCCGACCAAGAUUUCUAAGCCUAUGCAUGAGUGUGGAGCCAAGGCGAUUCUAAAUCCGCCGUAGCUGUCGUCAAAUGUUCAUAGGGCAGUCUUCGCAGUCCAGAGUAUAUCCCGGUUUGUUCCCGGGUGAUGUGACCAGUGGCUUGAGAGUGGGGGUGGCUUGCCUACCGAACAGUACCGAUAGACUGGUCAACGCAAUUAAAUCAUCGUUGUGGGACUAUUCUAGCAUCCGUCGCGUGAAUUGCGUUCAGCCAGCGACUCUAAUUCCAUGCAAUGUCCCUUACGCUAUAUUCCUUUCAGCGUGGGCGUAGUACCCCACGCCGUCUUCCCCGCCCUUCCGUAUUCCAGGCCAUCCCUUCAUUUAGGAGCGCCAUGCCCUCCGUCCUCACCCAUGCACCCAAUUCCUGCAUGUAUAUUAGGGUGGCCGUUUCCACGAGCUCAGGGCCUGUUUUCUCGGG